UCCCCACCCACGCCAUCAUACCAACUCCAACCGGCUGCACUGCACCUAAACCUCUCCAAGAACGGCAAUAAACAUCCCAAUAAAUCUCAGCAAGGCACCACGCGGAAGGUCUCACGCCGAAAGGCGAUCCAAGCAGCGAGAGAGCAUGUCAGCGUUGCCGGAGAACAUCGUCGCAGGCGGCAGUGGCCCGGCGCCGGUCCCGUGGUGGAGCGCUUCCUCGCCGGUGGGCGGCGACGUCGUCCUCUCCGGCGUAGUCCUCCUCUUCGCCGCCCUGGCCUUCGCGUUCGUCCUGUACCACUACUUCACAGUCACGGUCGUCAGUCGCCGCGGUGGCAGUGGCACGCGGGAGCGGGAGCGGGACGGCGCGGCGGUGGGGCCGCCAUCGAGCGCUGCCCAGCAGCGCGGCACGUUGUUGGGAGGGCGCGAUGGCCAUGGCCUUGACCCGUCGUCGGUGCUCCGGGCGUUGCCGCUGACGGUUUACAAGGCGAAGGGCCGGGCAGCAGGCGAGGCGCUGGAGUGCGCGGUGUGCCUCGCCGAACUCACCGACGGCGAGGCCGCCAGGUUCCUGCCCCGGUGCCAGCACGGCUUCCACGCCGAGUGCAUCGACCUGUGGCUGCGCGGCCACUCCACGUGCCCGCUAUGCCGCGUCGACGUCGACCUGCUCCCUCCUGCGCCGCCGUCGUCGUCGUCGUCGUCCUCGGCCCUCCCUCCGGCGCUGCCGGAGCCCGCCAACUACCCCAUGAACCUGCCGACGAACGUCCUGUUCUGGGGAUCCCAGGACGCGGUCACCGUGGCGAGACUGAGAGCCUCCGGGACGAGGACGACGACGGUACACAGCGGCCCGAGCGCUCCGAGUGGAGCGUCGCCGCCGCUGGCCAUCCAUGUCAGGGAAGCGACACCACCGGCAGUGGCACCGCCGACGCGUGAAGGCGACGCGGCGAAAGCCCAGGGGUUGUUGGCGAGGCUGAGUUCUCUCAGGCGGCUGUGGAGCAGAGGGUCGACGCAUGAUGCGGCGGCUAUUGGACACACGCUCCCAUGCAGGGCAACAAACCACCUAGUUUAGCUAGUAUAGUAGUACUAUCAAUAUGUCCUGUUUGUUGCUUUAUUCCAGUGAUCGUGAUUUGUAUGUACUUAUAUUGAUCAUGGGAUAUUAUUGUGGGUGUAUACUAUUUUCCCACACUUGUAUGGCACUGUAUAUAUGA